AUGGACGCAGCACCAAGCGCCUCCGCUGCCGCCUCUCGCCAACCCGCCGCCGAGGACCCCAGGAUGUCCCACGAAUCAUCCCUCUCGAGCGUGUCCACCACCAGCCUCGUAUUCGACCGCCUACACGAACAGAAUGAAAAGUCAUACUCUUCGUCUUCCCAAAGGCGGCGCGCCCCGUCCGCCUCACGCCCCGCCUACGCCGACCACCCCGACGAUGACGAUGACAACGAUUACAAAGAGUCCGACGCCAAUGACCUCGAGACGGGGCCCUUUUUGGCGCCCACGACGGGUAUGAUGCGCCGCGUAGGCAUGGACCGCGGACUCAAGAAGGGUAUAUGCAUUCUGGCAGCUGCAUUCCUCCUCGCGUGGGGAGGUGCUCUGUUCGUGUUUCUGUCCCGCAAGUCAUACCAGCACGGGAGUCAGGUCGAUCACGAUCCCUCUGCGACAUCGCGCGGAUCUGGAAAGCCAGUAACCCUGGACCAAGUCAUGACCGGCUUCUGGUCGCCCUACUCUCACUCAAUAAGCUGGAUCGAGGGACCUAGUGGAGAGGAUGGUCUGUUGCUUGAGCAGGGUGCCCGGGGCAAGGAUUACCUCGUAGUUGAGGAUGUCAGGGCCGGCAAGUUGGACCGCCAGGUUUCCGCAGAGGUCGUCCAGAGCCGGACGCUCAUGAAGAACCCUUGGAUCAACGUCGGUGGCCGCCAGAUGACGCCGUACGAUGGACGCCCGAGCAAGGACAUGAAGAAGGUGCUUGUUUCCACCGAUCGCAAGCACAAUUGGCGCCAUUCCUUUACCGCGCUGUACUGGAUUUUCGACGUUGAGACCCAGACCGCUGAGCCUCUCGACCCCGAGCGUUCCGAUGCACGAGUGCAGCUUGCGACAUGGAGUCCACAGAGCAAUGCCAUCGUUUUCACAAGAGACAACAACCUAUUCUUGAGAAAACUGGAUGGUGACAAGAAGAUUACGCAAAUCACCAAGGAUGGCGGCCCCGAGUACUUUUACGGCAUUCCCGACUGGGUCUACGAGGAGGAGGUCUUUGCCAGUAACAGCGCUACCUGGUACUCCGAGGAUGGCAAGUAUGUCGCCUUCUUGCGCACCAACGAGACGGGUGUGCCUGAGUACCCACUGCAGUACUUCAUGUCGAGGCCUUCGGGCAAGGAGAAGCCCGCUGGCGAAGAGACCUACCCGGAUGAGAAGCGCAUCAAAUAUCCUCGCGCCGGUAGCCAUAACCCCGUCGUAGACCUCCUCUUUUACGAUGUCGAGCGCGGCGACGUUUUUACCGUAGACAUUGAGGGUGGUUUUGCCGAUGACGACAGACUCAUCAACAUGGUACUCUGGGCCAACAACAAGGUCCUCAUCAAAGAGACCAACCGCGUGAGCGACAUCAUGCGCGUGGUGCUUGUUGACGUUGUGGCUCGGACGGGCAAGACUGUAAACACCAUUGACGUUGGCAAAAUCGACGGCGGCUGGUUCGAGAUUUCUCACGAAACUCAGUUCAUCCCUGCGGACCCUGCCAAUGGAAGACCGGACGAUGGGUACGUCGAUACUGUGAUUCACGAUGAUGGCGACCACAUUGCCUACUUCUCGCCCAUGGACAACCCCGAGCCUGUCUAUCUCACUGGUGGCAACUGGGAAGUUGUAAACGGCCCCUCCGCUGUCGACCUGGCGAACAACUUGGUCUACUUCGUGUCUACCAAAGAGUCCUCGAUCCAGCGUCACGUCUACAGCGUCCAUCUCAACGGAUCCGACCUGAAGCCGUUCACGGACACAAACUUCGAAAGCUACUACGACAUCUCAUUCUCCAGUGGUGCAGGCUUCGGUCUUCUCUCAUACCUGGGCCCCAAGAUCCCUUGGCAAAAGGUCAUUAGUACUCCAAGCAAUCCCACCAGCUAUGAGCACGUCGUCGAGCAGAACACACAGCUCGCUGAAAAUGCAAAGAAGUACGAGCUCCCCAUCCUCAAAUACGGAACCAUCAAAGUCGACGACGUCGAGCUCAACUACGUCGAGCGCCGCCCUCCCCACUUCAAUGAGAAGAAGAAGUACCCGGUCCUCUUCCAACAGUACUCCGGCCCCGGAUCCCAGUCCGUGAGCAAGAAGUUCUCCGUCGACUUCCAGUCCUACAUUGCGUCCGCCCUCGGCUACGUCGUCGUCACGGUAGACGGCCGCGGCACCGGCUACAUUGGCCGCAAGAACCGCGUCCUCAUCCGCGAGAAGCUGGGCCACUGGGAAGCCAUCGACCAGAUCGCCGCCGCCAAGCACUGGUCCGCCCUCCAGUAUGUUGACUCAGCCCGCAUCGCCAUCUGGGGCUGGAGCUACGGCGGCUUCCAGACCCUCAAGACGCUCGAGAUGGACGCCGGCCAGACGUUCAGCUACGGCAUGGCCGUCGCCCCCGUCACGGACUGGCGCUUCUACGACUCCAUCUACACGGAGCGCUACAUGCGCACACCGCAGCUUAAUUCGGACGGCUACGACCAGACGGCCAUCUCCAACGUCACUGCUCUCGCCGGCAACGUGCGCUGGCUGAUGAUGCACGGCGUCUCGGACGAUAAUGUGCACUACCAGAGCACCCUUACCCUCCUCGACAAGCUCAACCUCGAAGGCGUUGAGAAUUACGACGUCCAUGUUUUCCCUGAUAGCGACCACGGUAUUUACUUUCAUAAUGCGAACAAGAUUGUCUACGAUAAACUGAACAACUGGCUCAUCAACGCCUUCAAUGGAGAAUGGCUCAAGGUUGCUGAUGUCAAACCAAUGAUUGAACCUAAGGAGAAGGAGAAGAGGUCGAGCGUAGCCAAGCUUGACAAUGUACCAAGUUCUUAA